GCAUCCGAGUGGUUUAGUUUCCACUCACUCAUUUCAUUCUGCUUUCGAGCUUAAAAAUUGGUGGAAUAGUCAAGAGACUAUCAUUUCUGCACGGCUUUAAAAUGAACAAAAAUUAUCUGUGGACUGCUGCUCCACUGGUUCUCCUUGUAUUACUGUUUUUGAAGGUAGAUGAAUCUGAGGGCAAAGUGAAGGAAUUUGGAAUUAAAAUGAAAGUCAAGGAAUUCAACGAUUUUAAAAUGCCAAAAAUUGAGGUCAUGAAGGCAAAAAAAUCAGGAACCAAGAAGAGCAAGAAAACAACCAAAAGAACUUCCAAAAAAACGACAUCAACCACUGCUGCCGCCGACACUGCCGCAACCAGUGCUGCAGCAACAAAUGCUGCCGCCACCGAUACGGCUACUGCCGGAGAUACAACUGCUGCAACCGAUCCCGCCGCUGGGUAGUCAGUUUUAGAUGCUGAUUUUAAUGAUUUGAAAUUGAAAUACAUCACACGUUGACACUUCAAUAUUUACAUGUUUCUCU